GUGGUUGCUCGUGCCGGCCAGACCACGUACACUGGAGUCAUAGAUGCUGCCCGAAAGAUCUGGCGUGAAGAGGGUGGUCGUGCUCUCUGGAAGGGUGCGCCGGCACGCGUUUUCCGCUCCAGCCCGCAAUUUGGUGUUACAUUGCUUUGCUAUGAAAUGCUGCAGCGCACUUUCUACGUCGAUUUUGGUGGAAGGUAUGUAAUUGCAAUAUACUAA